AUGACUAGGGUGGCUUUAGUUACAGGAGCCUCGCUGAUUAUUGGGUCGGCUUUGGCUAGAGAGUUGUGCGCUCAAGGAUUUGUGGUCUAUGCCGGUGACCUCAAUCUUAAAGCCAUAUCCUACCUCAGAAAUUUCGGAAUCAUUCCAAUUUUGCUUGAUAUCACCCACCAGGGCUCAGUGGAGUCAGCCCGAGAAAUGAUUGAAUCAAACAAUGGUCAGUUGGACGUUCUCGUCAACAAUACCGAUCUCGAUUAUCACGGCGCUGCCACAGACAUGAGGGAUAAAGACAUCAUCGCAUGUUACAAUGCUAACGUCUUUGGCCCAAUGAGAGUGGUUCGGGAAUUUGCUCCCUUAUUGAUAAAGGCAGAAGGAACCAUCACAUUCACCGGGUCAGUGGCGGGGAUAUUUCCGUUACCGUUUUCAUCCACGUAUAAUUCGCUGAAAGCUGCCAUUCAUCAAUAUGCUGCAACGUUGCGGAUGGAAAUGAAGCCAUUCAACGUCAAGGUUCUCAAUUUUGUUACGGGAUCAAGGAAGUCAGAUCACCAUGAUCAAUUUGCAAUUCGUCGCAAUUCCAUUUACAAUCGCCCCGAUUUGAAUGAAGCUUACAAUCAUCGCGAGGUGUUUUUGAAAAGUCGUAUUGACCCUGACGAGUAUGCUGCACGAGUUGUACGCGAUAUCCUUGUUGCUGGCGUUGAUAGUUCCUUCGACAACUAUCUUGGGGUGAAAACUCCCCGAGUGAUCACGUUGCAACACUGGUGUCCUCGGUGGAUUGUGGAAAAGAUCUUAGUGUCUCAGUUCAAGUUGGGAAAGGCAUACCGCCGGAUACGUAGUGAUUCCCAGCUGACCUGUGAAUUUCGGUUUAACGAUACUGCAUGA